CCCACCCCUCAGUAACCAACGCAGCUCACAACAAUCCCAUGAAACCCCAAACUUACCAACAAAAACAUAAAAUAGCCCGAAACCAUGCCAAAUCCUCAACCCAACCUCCGCAUCGCCAUAAUCGGCGCCGGCCCAGCAGGUCUCGGCGCCGCAAUCGCACUACAGUCCCUCCCCUUCGCCUCACUCCGCAUCUACGACCAAGCAUCCGAGCUUCGAGAAAUCGGCACAGGACUCAAUAUCCAGCGGAACACAUGGCGCAUGCUAGACGCUCUAGGGGCAUCGGGGAAUAUCAAGCCCGAGGAGAUCUUCCGCGCUGCAGACGGACAUGCGAUGCAGCAUCGGAAUGGGAGGACGGGGGAGUUGGUUGCUGAGCUUGGGCAGGGGGAUACACCAGAACGCCAUCUGCACGCGCGUGCAUUCCGCUCUAUCCUUCAGCGAGCUCUCCUGGCUAAUACCGACAAGUCGAAGCUUAGGCUAAGUUCGCGGCUUACGCAUAUAAUCGAGAAUCCGAGCGGCUCGUUAUCAUUAUCCUUCCAAGACGGACACAAAGACGAAGUCGACCUCCUGAUCGGUGCAGAUGGAGUCAGGUCUGUAGUUCGCCAAUUCGCAUUCCCUGAGCACCAGCUCAUCUACACCGGGAAGACUGCAUAUCGGGGGUUAAUACCGACUGAAAAACUCCUGGCUAUCCCUGGAUUUCCCGACGCGGUAACCUUCUGGCACGGGCCGAAGGACUGGGUGUAUACUUGUAAUCUGCGGCAUGGGAUGUAUGAACUUACUUGCAUGGCCGGGGUUCCUGAUAACGGGGAUAGAGUUAGCUGGGGGGAGAAGGCUGAUAUGGAGGAAUUUAAGACACCGUGGAAGGACUUUGGCCCGCUGGUCCAGACAAUCCUCAGCCACGCAACGGACGUUCAACGCUUUGCGCUUUUUGCAGGGCCGCGGCUGGAGUCCGUUGUAGCCAAAGGAUCUAUUGCAUUAGUCGGAGAUGCGUCUCACCCACUAUCUGGGGCAUUCGGCGCAGGCGCCGGCUUUGCCUUGGAAGACAGCUACGUCCUCUCCCAGGCGGUGGCGUGGGCCUACAACCAAAAACACAGUAUAUCCAGGGCUCUUGACCUGUACGACAGAGUGCGCUCCCCGCAUUACAAGGCGAUGUAUGAUAUUCUAGACGAUUUUAGACGCUCGGAUGCCGAGAUGGAGCAGCUUGACUUGUCUUUUGACGAGGGGGUUGCCCAUAGUAUCCGCGAUAAGUGGGGACCGGGGUUUAGCUGGCUUUAUAGUUAUGAUGUGCAGGAGGUAUGGAGGAAGGCUGCUGCUGACGAGGAUGCCCGUUUACAGCUGGCUUCUCAUCUAUAGGAUAAGCUGUAUAGAGCAUAGAGAAUACCAAAUACAAUACUGAACUAAUAAGUAAACCUGAAUCCAGGAUAAUCAUCCCCCAAAUUCGACCUCUCCUCCUCCAGCUCAAACCGAUAGUCCCUCCCCCCCUUCCUCCUCACUCUAUUCUCCCUCAUCAAAUACACCAAAAACACCGUACAACUCACCCCACAAACCCAAGCCAUGCCCAAACUCACCCCAAACCCGGUCUUAUAAGUCGGCGCCUCGCUAUCAAAAAACACAUUACUCGCAACCAGCCCCCCACAAUUCCCAAACCCAAUCUGCAUCGCCGACGCAAUACUCUGCUUAUAAUGGCCCGCCAUAUUAUUACUCAACCACCCCAUCAGAAUCGGCUGCGUCAGGUAUCCGCCGCCCGUGAUUGCGAAGAGCGC